GCAAAACACUUAGCGGUGAAACGUCUAUCAUUUUUCUGUAAUCAAGACAAACUCCACCGGAAUCCUCUCCUCUGUUACCAAAAUCCUCUACAGAAUCACCAAUAUUUAUCACGUAAAGUUCAUCUGGAAGACCCAAUCCGAUGAGGGCAGUGAUGAAUCUGAUGACUACCUGCACAAAAACCCUAAGUUUAUUAAGAUAUUACCUGAAGAAGAAAACCACAAUGGCGAGCCUCCCUCAAGAUAUUAUCAUGGUUAUACUUUUCAGUUAACCAGUCAAAUCCAUCUCUCGCUUCAGGUGUGUGUGCAAACUCCGGUAUGAAUUGUUCAAAGACCCUAAGUUUAUCAAGAUGCAGUUUCAACAUGCUACUUCAAAACUACAGAUUUAGUGUUCUACUUGCAUCGUAUAACGCCCAUGGCUUACAUUAUUAUUCCAUAGAUUUUGAUGAAACUAAUCACCCAAUUGAGACAUUUAGAUUUACUAGCAAAUGUCCAUUGCAUAUGGUUUCAUGUGAUGGUUUAAUUGGCUCAUAUGAUUUUGGGAUUAUGAUCUGCUUGUCGAAUCCAUCAACUCUAGAAUACAAGUACAUACCGACAUUAGAUCAUUACGAAUCCGAUAAUAGGAAUUCCUUUUUGAGAUAUGGGGUUUUGUACGAUUGGAAAAUUGAUGAUUACAAGUUGUUAAAGUUAGUGGCUGACACAGAAUUUAGUGUUACUUCUGAAGUUUGGGUUUGUAGAUUAGGUUCAAAUUCAUGGGAUAGCAUUGGAAACAUACCUUACAAUGUACGGGAUAUUAAAUUUUCUGAGAAGCCUUUAAAUGGAAUUAUUCAUUGGAUAGGAAACUCUAAAGUUAUAGUCUCGUUCGAUAUAGUUGAAGAGAGACUCGAAGAGAGAAUUAAAGAGAUCCAAAUACCUUGUUGCUAUCUGGACGAUGGAUUGUACUCGUAUAAAGAUGUGAGAGUGGGUCUCUUGGGAGAAGACCUUUACCUAUCAGUGAAUGCUAGACAUGAGAGAAACAUCGACCUGUGGGUGAUGACAGAUUAUGGAGAUAUAGAUUCUUGGACCAAAAUUUUCAGCUUUUCGAAAGAUGAUGUAAAUUUUGAUAGAUGCAUUAUCUCUAUAAGAGUCGCGAGAUUCUAUUACAAGGUGUAUGUUCAAAAGGCAAGCAGGAUGCCUUAGUCGCAUAUGACCCAAAUAGCGGAAGACUUGUGACUCUUGAUAUCCCCUGCAUACCAAAACAUUUUUAUGCGACUACUUUUAUUGGAAGUCUAGUUUCACUCAAUUCAGGUGAAUUCCUGAAGGCUACAAAAGUAUCUAAGAUAGAUUUUGCCAUUGGUAAGUUCUUAUUGCUGACAGUUGAGCUAGUGGAAUCUGGGUAUUUGAAGUUAACAAGGUUGGACCGAUACGACUUCAUUUUUCUAGUUUAUCUGGCAGGCAAUCUAUUGGCAUAUGGAUAUUAUCUUUAUAAUCUUUUUUCUGAAAAUGGUGUUAGCAGCAUAUGUGGUCAUCCAUGAAAGAAACAACAAAGAUGUUGGUGGUUUAUCCUUAGUAGCCAUUGAAAUACAAAUUUCUCCAUUACUUCUUUUAUUUCUCGUCUUUCUGCUAUAUGGUGGAAGUUUUUCAUAAGUAAUCUGGGUGCAAUUACAGUUUGCAAACUAUCAUCAUCUUAGUUUCUCGUUGUCCAAAGUUUGAAGGUUUUCAUUCAGAUGAUGGCCAGGAGGAAAAAGAUUAGCAGCCAUUGAAAUACUAAAUUUCUCCGUUACUUCUUUAAAUUCUCGUCUUUCUGCUAUAUGAUGGAAGUUUUUCAUAACUAAUUCUGGGUACGGUUUUGGUUUGCAAACUAUCGUCAGCUUAGUUUCUUGUUGUCCAAAGUUCGAAGGUUUUCGUUCAGAUGAUGGCCAGGAGGAGAAAGAUUAGCAGCUUCAUCACGAUCUCUUAAAGAAUUCUCUUUAUGAAACUUGAAGUACUGUAUCCUUCUUAGACGAAACUGCCAAAUUUGCAGGGAUUGAAUUCCCUCUCAUAUUUAGUUAUCACUGUGUGUAAAAGCCAAAGUUAUUAACAGAUCCCUUGCAUCUUUAAAUUCACAGACUGUAGAAACUAGUAUAUGAUGUUUUUGGUGCUUUUGAUGCAUAUUCCAUGUGUGUGUGAAAUCAAAGUUAGUUCAGAAUGUACUUGCAUCUUGUGAAUGUAAGGUAUAGCUGGACAGACCAAAAAACUACAAUUUUCAAGUGUGUUGUUGAUUCA